UCUAGCAGGUCGCAGCUCCCUCUCUCUCUCUCUCUCUCUCUCUCUCUCUCUAGACCUCUCAAGUCCUCAAAGCUCAAGGACCGCAACACACGCAAAGCUGACAUUCUUAAACAUUCUUUAUUUCAUCUCAGUAUUUUCUUCUUUAAUUCGUGACGAACCUUGUUUGCUACAGUUCUGGAAGACGGAUACCCUUGGCUGUCAAUAAAAUCUCUAGCUUAUCCUUGAGUUCGUACCGAUUCUUCCCAACCGUCUAUGAUUCUUGUGUCGCUGACCGGACUCCGGAGUUUGUUCAUCAUUUCUCCUUCUCUUCCUCUUCAAGUCUCCUGCUUUCUUGUUUUCGUCUUUCUUGGUUUUCUUGUUCAGCAAAUUUUUGGUUGCGACUUGUGAUGUGAUUCUGGUUUUAGUGAUGAGAGGGUGGUAGAUUGCUAUCGAAGAAAACAGAUAUGGAGUUGUUUGAAGGUGUUGGCGAGAGUUCCUCGCCGCCGAGGAGUUACGGGGGUUUCUGUGGUAAUGAUAUAAGGAACGAUGUUUAUAACCGGUUGAUAGAGAGUGGAAAUGAGGAAGCCGUGUCUAAUCCAGAGUUUCGGGAGCAGUUGGAUGCUCACUUCAAUCGCUUGCCUGCUAGAUAUAUACUAGAUGUCGACAUGGAUAGAGUGGAAGAAGUAUUGGUGCAUCAAAAGCUUCUUGCUCUAGCAAAGGAUCCAGAUAAGAGACCAGUGUUCAACGUUCGUUACCUGGAGACUAUGCAAACUAGCAAGGAUGGAAAUGAUGAUUUACAACAGCGUUCAUGGAGUUAUAUUGAAGGAGUUGAACAUGAUGGAGUCGUGUCAUCACAGAAGAGAAAUGGGGACUGUGAGGUUGAUUUUGAACCUUGCUCAAGGCUUGGGGACUUAAAUUUGGAUGUUAGAAAGAAUGCUGAGGACAUGGAGAGAAGAUAUCUUACAGAGGCUUUUUCUGGAAGGCAGGAACUUUUCCAAGUUUCACUAUACAAAAUCAUUUUUUCUACCAUUGACAAGCCCAAACUUCUCAGCCAGCUCUCUGCUUUGCUUUCUGACAUAGGGCUGAACAUCCGUGAAGCACAUGUGUUUUCGACAACUGAUGGCUACUCAUUGGAUGUGUUUGUAGUUGAUGGAUGGCCUGUUGAGGACACAGAUGGUUUGCACGAGGCAGUGGAGAAAGCAAUUGCAAGAAGCGAGGGAUCACUGUCUGGUUCUUCCCCUUCACAUUCAGUCAUAGAGAAGGCACCAGUAACCCAACCUGAAUCUGGUGGUUGGGAGAUUGAUAGAAGAUUGUUGAAGAUGGGAGAAAAAAUUGCAUCUGGAUCUUGUGGAGAUUUGUACCGUGCCGUUUACCUAGGUCAGGAUGUUGCUGUUAAAAGUCUUAGAUCUGAGCAUCUUUAUGGAUCUUUGGUGGUAGAAUUCAUACAAGAAGUAACAAUUCUAAGGGAGGUUCAACAUAGGAAUGUUGUUCGUUUUAUCGGUGCAUGCACAAAACCGCCAAAUUUCUGCAUAGUAACAGAAUAUAUGCCUGGGGGGAGUCUCUAUGAUUUUUUGCAUAAGCAUCAGAAUGUCUUGGAACUCCCGUUGUUGCUGAGGUUUGCCAUUGAUGUUUGCAAAGGAAUGGAGUAUUUGCACCAAAACAACAUAAUUCAUCGGGAUCUGAAGACAGCCAAUCUACUCAUGGACAUGGACAAGGUUGUAAAAGUGGCAGAUUUUGGAGUAGCUCGGUUCCAAAACCAAGAGGGAGUAAUGACAGCAGAGACUGGAACAUACAGAUGGAUGGCUCCUGAGGUUAUAAAUCAUCAACCGUAUGAUCAGAAGGCUGAUGUGUUCAGUUUUGCCAUAGUACUAUGGGAACUUAGAACAGGCAAGGUCCCAUAUGAUACCUUGACACCUCUUCAGGCUGCCUUAGGAGUGAGACAGGGGCUCCGACCAGAACUUCCUGAUAAAACACACCCUAGACUGUUGGAGUUGAUGAAGAGAUGUUGGGAGGCAGUCCCUAGCAAUCGGCCUUCUUUCUCAGCUAUUACAGUUGAACUUGAAGAACUGCUCCAAGAGGUUCAGACAGUAUGUGAACAUGUGGGUUUGCGACUCCUCAAGCGGCAUCUCCAGGAUUUUCGAGUGAGGAACAUUUUUCACAAUUCAUUCUUUCUUUUGUUUUUUUUUCCUUUACAUAUUUCGUUUUCCACAAUCGUCAAAGGGUCAUCAGAAUGUUAUAGAGGAGGUUAGUGGGAGGAGGGAAAUCCAUGAAGGCUUGUAAGAUGAUUGUAUCCAAUUCUAGUGUUAAAUAGCAAUAUCUUGGUCAGGUCUGUAA